UGUUUCAAGGACCUGAGGGAACUGUCUAUGAAGGUGGCGUGUUUAAAAUCAAGAUCCAAAUACCCGAAAGGUACCCGUUUCAGCCUCCAAUUGUUACCUUCUCUACGCCUAUAUACCAUCCAAAUAUAGACAAUGGGGGCCGCAUUUGUUUGGAUAUCCUUAAUCUCCCGCCUAAGGGUUCGUGGCAACCAUCUUUGAACAUUUCAACUGUCUUAACAAGCAUUCGACUCUUACUAAGUGAGCCAAACCCUGAUGAUGGUCUUAUGCAUGAACCGAGUAGAGAGUACAAAUAUAACAGACAAACAUUCAAUCAGACUGCGCGAUCCAUGACUGAAAAGUAUGCCAGAGCUGGAGAAAGUGAAACUGCUCAGUGCAGCUAUGGCAAUCAAAGUCAUUCACGGCCAAACAUAGAACAAAUUGAACCGGAAGGAUCGGAUACAUCCAUAUGCAUUACUGAGCAGUUUGUACCCCACCAGACAUUUAGUGGAAGCAGCAGUAAGCUGUCACUGGGGUCUUUGGGAUUCAGUAGCAAUUGGGAUAGUGGUAUCUGCAAAGCGCCGGAUCAUUAUUACUCACAGAAUCACAUUGACGUUGGACAAACUAAAGAAGCUAACAAAAUUUCAGCUGAAUACAAGUGCAAAUCUUCUAAACUAGAGGCCCUAAGAAAUAAACUGUUGGUGAAAGGUCCGGUUGUUUCCCAUUGUAGAAAUGGUGAGGAUGCAAAUAUCAAUCUGCCAAGUCAGAGUUCAAUCUUGUCAGAGACCCGACUCCCUUGCGCAUACGCUCUACAGUUCUCUCCCGUGGCAAAGGUUGGCAACAGUCAUCAGCUAGAAGAUUAUAUAGAAAGAGGCCGUAGCACAAACGCCAGUCUGGAGCAGCAGUCAUUACCCUGUAUUACAACGGACCCAAGUACGAAUUCUAACAAGAAAAUGCAUGGUGUGCCUAAGGAUGCUGUUUCCUGUCUUGAUUCCACUGGGACGCAUGAAGCCUUGCCAUGGGCACAAAGUCCUACCUCCAAUAAAAAGAAUCCUCCUAAAGAUGCUAAUACCAGAAAGGGGAGUGGUUCAACUAGUAGUAUACUUAAGAAAGCAGGUUUGGUUGGGUUAUCACCAUCUUCGGGAUCUUUAGGUUGGGUUCAACGUCAAUUAGAAGAUGAAAAAGAGAACAAGCCUCCAGUUCGAUGCUUCCCGCCUCAACAAACAGGCCAAUCUGCAGCUUCACCUAUGACAUCAUCAUUUGUUUUAGAACAUCGUAAAGAUUACAAUGAAAGGAAAGGGAAACAAGCCGUCAUUGGGGGACACAAGCUAUCUCUAACAGCCGCAAAGCUGCCACUGGAACCUGUGGAUCAACUACUAGGCAGUGACAAUAAUCCAGGCUUGCAUUCUAAGAACCCACCUGUUCCCGAUUCCAAAUUUCUGCAAGUGAGGUCUGAUGAGAAGCAGCAGAGUAAUCAGGUUGAUGAGGGAAAGUCCGCUGGGAAUUUUGAACAACUCUCUGGUAGCUCAGAGAUACCGGAGUCUGUGAUCGUGUUGGAUAGCGAAGACAGUGAGGAUGAUAAUCUGACUGUGAGGUCUAAGUUGUCUCUAGCCAAAAGAUUCUUGUCAAGGAAGCGGAAAUCCGUUUCUGAUAGGUGAAGUAAAUGACUUGAUCUGUUGAUUUGCUGGUUGUCAAGAGCAGUUGCGAAUACUUAAAUGAUUCAACUUGUUGAAUUAUGAAAAAAGUAAACAGAAAAUUUUCUAACCUGUUGAUUUGGAUGGAACCCAAAUACCUUUCUC